AUGAACCGGGAUUUGGAGUAUAUGUUUGUCCAAUCCGCUCGGGUGUGGAUCCCAGAUGCGGAGGAGGUGUGGAAGUCCGCUCAGCUGGUGAAGGACUACAACAAUGGAGACCAGUCCCUGCAGCUCAUGUUGGAGGAUGGAUCGAAACUUGAGCACACGUUGGACCCAAAGACAAAGAACCUCCCUCACCUGCGUAACCCUGACAUCCUGGUGGGCGAGAAUGACCUCACGGCGCUCAGCUACCUGCACGAGCCGGCCGUCCUGCACAACCUCAAAGUCCGCUUCAUCGACUCCAAGCUCAUCUACACGUACUGCGGAAUUGUCCUGGUGGCCAUCAACCCAUACGAGAACCUGCCGAUCUACAGCACGGAUAUCAUCAAUGCUUACAGCGGGCAGAACAUGGGAGACAUGGACCCACAUAUCUUCGCUGUGGCUGAGGAGGCCUACAAACAGAUGGCCAGGGAUGAGAGGAACCAGUCCAUAAUAGUGAGCGGCGAGUCUGGAGCGGGAAAAACCGUGUCUGCCAAAUACGCCAUGAGGUACUUCGCUACAGUCAGCGGAUCGGCCAGUGAAGCCAAUAUCGAGGACAAAGUGCUGGCUUCCAACCCCAUCAUGGAGGCCAUUGGGAAUGCAAAGACCACCAGAAAUGACAACAGCAGUCGAUUUGGGAAAUAUAUUGAAAUUGGCUUUGACAACCGUUAUCGCAUUAUAGGUGCCAACAUGAGAACAUAUCUCCUUGAGAAAUCACGAGUGGUGUUUCAGGCUGAGGAAGAAAGAAAUUAUCACAUCUUCUACCAGCUCUGUGCUUCUGCAAAUCUACCUGAAUUAAAAAUAUUGAAAUUAGGGCAUGCAAAAGACUUUCUGUACACGAGGCAGGGGCGUAAUCCAGUCAUUGAUGGUGUGGACGACACCAAGGAGCUCAGUAACACACGGAACGCCUUCACAUUGUUGGGUAUAAAUGAAUCAUAUCAGAUGGGCCUGUUUCAGGUGCUGGCUGCUAUUCUUCAUCUGGGGAAUGUAGAAAUAAAAGACAGAGAUUCUGACAGUAGCAUUAUACCUCCAAACAAUAGCCAUCUGACGUCCUUUUGUGAGCUGGUGGGGGUCAGUUACCAGGACAUGUCCCAGUGGCUGUGUCACCGGAGGCUGAAGACGGCCACAGAGACCUACAUUAAAACUCUUCCUCGUCUUCAAGCCACAAACGCCCGAGAUGCUCUGUCCAAACAUAUCUAUGCCAAGCUUUUCAACUGGAUCGUGGAGCACGUGAACAAGGCCCUAAUAGCAAACGUCAAACAACACUCAUUCAUUGGGGUCCUCGACAUCUAUGGGUUUGAGACAUUUGACAUCAACAGCUUUGAGCAGUUCUGCAUAAACUAUGCAAAUGAGAAACUUCAACAACAGUUUAACAUGCAUGUCUUCAAGUUGGAACAGGAAGAAUAUAUGAAGGAGCAGAUUCCCUGGACUCUCAUAGACUUUUAUGACAAUCAACCCUGCAUUAAUCUUAUAGAAGCCAAAAUGGGAAUCCUGGAUCUCCUCGAUGAAGAAUGCAAAAUGCCUAAAGGUUCAGAUGAUUCCUGGGCACAGAAACUGUACAACACACAUCUGAAGACUUGCUCUCUGUUUGAAAAACCACGCAUGUCCAACCGCGCCUUUAUUAUACAGCACUUUGCUGACAAGGUAGAAUAUCAGUGUGAGGGCUUCCUGGCGAAGAACAAGGACACUGUUAAUGAAGACCAGAUUAACGUGCUGAAAGCCAGCAAGUUCAACCUGUUGGUGGAGCUGUUCCAGGAUGAGGAAAAAGUCACCAGUCCGACUGGACAAGCCCCUGGGACCGGAGGCCGAACGCGGCUCAGUGUCAAACCAGACAAGAGUCGAGAAAAGAGCAGCAAGGAACACAAAAAGACCGUCGGCUGCCAGUUCCGGAACUCUCUUCAAAUGCUCAUGGAAACUCUGAAUGCAACAACCCCACAUUAUGUUCGCUGUAUUAAGCCCAAUGACUUUAAGCAGGCCUUUAACUUUGAUCCUAAACGUGCAGUGCAACAGCUGAGGGCCUGUGGCGUGCUGGAAACCAUCCGUAUCUCUGCAGCAGGAUUCCCAUCCAGGUGGACCUAUCAGGAGUUCUUCAGUCGGUAUAGAGUGUUGAUGAAGCAGAAGGACGUCCUCCCUGACAGAAAGUUAACCUGCAGGAAUGUCCUGGAGAAACUUGUUCAGGAUCAAGACAAAUACCAGUUUGGAAAAACUAAAAUCUUCUUCCGAGCUGGCCAGGUGGCGUACCUUGAGAAGCUCAGGGCAGACAAACUGCGCGCCGCGUGCAUCCGUAUCCAGAAAACGAUUCGCUGCUGGCUCGCUCGGAAAAAGUAUCUCCGCCAGCGCAAGGCAGCCAUCACAAUUCAGAGGUUCACCCGAGGAUACCAGGCCCGCUGUUUGGCAAAGUUCCUGCGGCGCUCUCAGGCAGCUACCACAAUCCAGAAGUACCAGCGCAUGUAUGUGGAGAGGACACGGUACAAGAAGAAGCAGGCGGCGGCUCUGGCGUUGCAGCGGAUCCUCAGAGCUUACAUGGCCCGUCAGAAGUACAUAGCGCUUGUGCGGGAGGCUAAGGUUAUCAUCAUUCAAAAGCGAGUCCGCGGGUGGCUGGCUCGGUGCUGGUACAAGCGCUGCCUCUCCUCCCUCGUUUACCUGCAGUGCUGCAUGCGGCGGAUGAAAGCCAGACGCGAGCUGAAGAAGCUGAAGAUUGAGGCUCGCUCUGUGGAGCACUUCAAGAAGCUCAACAAAGGAAUGGAGAACAAGAUCAUGCAGCUGCAGAGGAAGAUUGAUGAACAGAACAAAGAUAACCGUUUGGUCAUCGAGAAGCUGGCAAACGUAGAAAGUUCAUACACAGCAGAGAGCGAAAAGAUGCGGACUGAGCUCAAUAAACUUCGUGGUGUGGAAGAGGACGCGAGGAACAAAACAAACCAGUUGUCGACACUCAUGGAGGAAUUGCAGCGGUUAAAGAAAGAGCUUAGCACCACGCAACAAGAAAAGAAAACUAUUGAGGACUGGACACACAACUACAAGAGCGAAAUGGAAAAGUUGGUGGCAGAACUCAAGGAGCAGAAUGGAUCGCUGAAGAAAGAGAAGGACGAUUUGAACAGGUCGAUUCAGGAACAGAGUCAGCAGAUGACCGAGAAAAUGGCUCGAGCAAUAGCACAGGAGACUCAGCAGCUCGAAACGGACUUGAACGAGGAGCGCUCUCGUUACCAGAAUCUCCUCUCCGAACACCUUCGCCUGGAGGAGAAGUACGACGACCUGAAAGAACUCUCUUCGCACAACUCCAAACCUGGGCACAGGAGAACAGACUCCACUCACAGCAGCAACGAGUCCGAAUACACCUACAACUCAGAAUACACCGAAGCGGAAGACGGCUCCAGAACCAGAGAAGACGUAACGCGAGGACUAGACACAUCCCUCACUCUAAAGCUCCAGAAACGCCUCACAGAGCUAGAGCAAGAAAAACAGUCUCUGCGCAACGAGUUAGAAAACAAAGAGGAUCAGUACCACCGGGCCAGAGCCAGGGAUGAUGCAGAGUUUAAAAAGGCACGUGGAGCAGAGCUUGAGUACGAGUCCCUCAAACGUCAGGAACUGGAGUCUGAGAACAAGAAGUUGAAGCAUGACCUGGCAGAGAUGAGACGGAGCUUGCUGGGAGAUAAGGCGUCUAACACGGGUGCUCCUGGUUCUCCUGCAUACAAGGUUCUCUUGGACCAACUCAACUCCUCCUGUGAAGAGCUGGACGUGCGCAAGGAGGAGGUGCUGAUCCUGCGCUCCCAGCUGGUCAGUCAAAAGGAGGCCUUCCACCACAAGGAAACCAUGACGGAGCCUUCUGUCUUUGCUAAAGAUGUCUCCAAGCUCAAAGACGCUGAUGAACUGAAACAGGCCUACGUGGGGCUGAAAGAUACCACCAGAUCUCCUAGGUUCAUGCCCAAGUCUCUGGACAUGAGUGAACUUCUAAAUAGGCUCAGAUCAGCUGCACCCGACAUCCAUAAGCUGAAUGAGGAUGGGGAGCUGUGGCUGGUUAAUCAGGGCUUAAAGGAGACAAUCAGGUUGUUGGAGCAGCAGCUGCAGACUCAGCGCAGGACUCAUGACAACGAGGUGGAGUCUCUGCGCGGCGAGUUGCAGAGUGUGAAGGAGGAGAACAACCGGCAGCAGCAGCUCCUGGCCCAGAACCUGCAGUUACCCCCAGAGGCGCGCAUCGAGGCCAGUCUGCAGCACGAGAUCACGCGCCUCACCAACGAAAACCUGGAGCUCUUGACCGAUGACCCCGCUGAAUCCCGAGAGGCCCGAGUCGUCAUUUUGCGGCGGAUGGUCGAUCUCAUGGAGCAACUUGAGAAACAGGACAAAACCAUUCGUAAACUCAAGAAACAGCUGAAAGUUUACUCCAAAAGGAUUGGAGAAAUGGGAGCGGGCCAGACUGAGGGCCAGACGUCUCCAGGACAAGUCGUGGAGGAGCCUAUUCAUCCUGUCAAUAUUCCUCGGAGAGAGAAGGACUUCCAGGGAAUGUUGGAGUACAAAAAGGAGGAUGAAAUGAAACUAGUCAAGAACCUUAUUCUUGAGCUGAAACCCCGAGGUGUUGCGGUGAAUCUGAUCCCAGGUCUUCCAGCGUACAUCCUGUUUAUGUGUCUGAGACAUGCAGACUACGUCAACGAUGACCAGAAAGUCCGAACUCUGCUGACCUCCACCAUCAACAGUAUUAAGAAGAUCCUAAAGAAACGUGGGGAUGACUUUGAGACCGUCUCAUUUUGGCUCGCAAACACCUGCCGCUUCCUGCACUGUCUGAAGCAGUACAGUGGAGAUGAGGUCUUCAUGAGACACAACUCUUUGAGGCAAAAUGAACACUGCUUGUCAAACUUUGACUUGACGGAGUACAGACAGGUGAUCAGCGACCUUGCCAUCCAGAUCUACCAGCAGCUGGUCAAAUGCAUGGAUAACAUCUUGUGGCCCAUGAUCGUGUCCGGGAUGUUGGAGCAUGAGACCAUUCAGGGCGUGUCCGGCGUGAAGCCCACAGGUCUCCGAAAGCGAACGUCCAGUAUCGCUGAUGAGGGCAUCUACACUCUGGACUCCAUCCUCCGUCAGCUCAGCGCCUUCCAUUCCACCAUGUGUCAGCACGGCAUGGACCCCGAGCUCAUGAAGCAGGUGGUGAAGCAGCAGUUCUAUAUCAUCGGGGCGUUUACCCUCAACAACCUGCUUCUGCGUAAAGACAUGUGCUCCUGGAGCAAAGGCAUGCAGAUCAGGUACAAUGUGAGCCAGCUAGAGGAGUGGCUCAGAGACAAGGGGCUGAUGGGAUGUGGAGCCAAAGAGACUCUGGAACCCCUGAUUCAGGCGGCACAGCUGCUGCAGGUGAAGAAGAAGACUGAUGAAGACGCUGAGGCCAUCUGCUCCAUGUGCCAGGCCCUCAACUCUGCUCAGAUUGUGAAGGUGUUGAACCUCUACACUCCAGUCAACGAGUUUGAAGAAAGAGUUUCGCUGGCAUUUAUAAGAACAAUACAGACACGCCUACGAGACCACGGCGACAGUCCGCCCUUGUUGAUGGACACAAAGAUGAUUUAUCCGGUCACGUUCCCGUUUCAUCCUUCCACUCUCGCUCUGGAAACCAUUCAGAUUCCAAGUUCACUCAACCUGGGCUUCCUCACGCGAGUCUAA